AUGGAUGACCUGGAUGUACUAGGAAGAAAGAGAACAUGGCGGGCAAAACUUAGAGGGACAGCGGUCAUCGUGGGUGGAAGCAUGACAGGACUCCUAGCGGCGCGCGUCUGCGCGGACCAUUUCGAAAAAGUAGUCAUCAUUGAAGCAGAUGAUGGUGCCGAUACAAGCUUUCCUGCUUCAUCUGACAAAAUAGAUGCUCACGGAAACAAGACGUUUGUCACUCGCCGCCCACGGGUGCCGCAAAUGUUCGAAGUUCAUCUGUAUCAACCCUUUGGAUUAUUGGCUCUUCGUCGCCUAAUAUCCAAUUUUGAUCAAAAGUUCAAGGCCGCAGGAGGACGAAUCAAGCCUUGGAUUUUCAACGCCUGGUGGUCGGGAGUACAUCUCCCUUACCCCAACUCGACAUACCUUGGAGGAAAGGGACUACCAAGGCAUCAUAACUUGCCUAAACAGGAUUUACCCGACACGCUUUGGAUCUCGCGGGCCAAUUUUGAACCAUUCCUUCGCCGGGAAAUAUCAGCGGCGUCGCCCAGUAUCACUACCAUCAAUGGAAUUGUGACUUCUCUCGCUAGUGCGAACCCCGGGCGAGUUGACAGAGUACUGUACACGACCAAGGGCGAGAAAGGUAUACAGGAGAUGGACGCCGCCUUGGUCGUAGAUUGCACUGGACACUCGCAAUCUGGAGUCAAGUGGUUAGAACAUUUGGGGUACGGUCGGAUUCCACAAGAGUCUUAUGAUCCAGCGAUACGUUCUGUAACAGUAUGGUUUCACUUGACACCGGAGCAGAUGGAAAACCUGCCUAUUCCGGGCCACUUGCGGGAGUACGAGAGCUUCAUCUUUGCUUGGGAGGAUCCUAGUCUGGGAGGACGUGUACUCACGGCAUGUAAAGGGGAAGGGGGAGUUGUCACUCUCGGAUUUGGAGGUUUCGGCAUGACGGCGGCGGAACAACCACGUACUCCAGAAGAUCUCAAGGAGUUUUAUCGAACGAUGAGGACAUUUGACGGCAAGCCCAUGAACGACUGGUAUUGCGACCUCGUCGACUUUCUCUCCAAAGACGGCGGAUGGUCUCGCGCGCACUACGAGGAAUACAAACUUCCAACGAGUGUCUACACCAAGUAUCACGAAUCACCAAAUGGACUGCCUACCAACUUUGUUUCUCUGGGAGAUGCUGUUAUGCGCACUACGCACGUAUACGGUCUCGGUGUUACAAAGGGAUGGGUUGGAGUCGUGACGUUGGCCGGAGAGUUGCACAGAGUCAAGGAUGGCAUACUACCAAGGGGUUUUAGUGAGUGCGUUAUGAAGUCACAGCGCAUACGAACAUCUUGGGUUUGGGAUCAAACAAAGGAAGCGGAGUAUGCACACGAAUCAACGCUUCCUGUCGAAGGCGAGUCGCUUGACUUGGGCGCAGGUACAAGGGAACUUGUCAAAGUCUUUCUGGGCCUCGUGCCAAAGGAUGAAGAGGCUCGGGCGAGAUUUUACUAUCCGCGCUUGUGGAUUUAUCCAAACUCGACGAUGCUCUCUGAAAGGAUUGGAGGAAUGUGUAUGCAAUCCAAGUCCUAG